UUUUUGGCACUUGCUCCCAUAUUUUCACGUUUCUGCAGCUGUCCGCUCUGUUCCAUCUUCAAACACUUCUCUUUUGUCUUCCUCUUGAGAAGAGAAUUUAGUAUCAGUCCCUUUUGCUUCAAAAUUGCUAAACCAAAAUUGAAUAGAAGGGGGGUUAGUUUAGGUCCAACGGAGAUUUUCUCAGCAACAAAAUCCAGGCAAUUCAUGAAGCAUGAAUUCAUAACCCCUAUACAGUCAAUACAGAGUCGCCGCAAAUCAUGUUUCUUUAAGCUUCAAGAUAUUGAUGAAGGCAGGGUUACAAGAGAGAGAGGCAAGAGCUUGAGUCUCAGUCCUAAUUCACGUAAAACUGUUUCCAAGGUCAUUGCUCCUAAGCCUGCAGCAACAACGGUGGGGGAUAAAAGGGCGGUGAAGAAAGAAGAGGGCGUUAUUUCUACAAUUCAGCCUAAAAGGCUCUUCAAAGAUGGAGAAAAACCAGUAUCGGCAAGGAAACCAUUGAAACAUGGGAGAGUCGUCGGUAGCAGGUACAAUCAGAUUCCCAAUCAGAGCAAUGUGAGUUUCACGGUAAGCGAUGCUCAAAAGCAGGAGAGCAACAAGCACGAUAAGAGGUGUGUUUCAAAUGAACGGAUAGUUGAUUCGUGCAAGAAUGAAAAGAGUGAGAACAUAAUGAAAAAGAAGUGGGAAAUUCCGAGUGAAGUGAUCAUUCUAAAGGAAGAAUCACCGCAGUCAAUAGGUAAGAUCAAUGAUCUUCUUCCAAAGAUUAGGACUGUGAGGGUUUGGCAUGAAAGUCCUCGGGCUUCAGAGCCAGCCAAAAGAGUGGCAGAAUUGAUGGGAAGGAAACCAUACUAUAGUAUGGAGGAAGAAACAGAGAACUCUGUUCGUCAGGCUCUGAGUCUUGCAGAAGGGGAUGGUGAGAAAGAGUGAUUCAUUUCUUCUUCUUCUUCUUCUUCUUCUUCUUCUUCUUCUUCUUCUUCUUCUUCUUCUUUCCUUUUGUUUUUUCCAGCUGUAGAGAUUGGGGUUUCUGGAUGCAAAGCAUAACUAUUGUCAUGGGCU